AUGAAGGCCAUAGACUUUUUCAAGAUCUAUUUUGAUAAUGAGGUCUUGGGAGAAAUACUGACUAAUUCAUGAAGAUAUUGCACUAAGAAGCUAUCAGAAAAGCAGAAACAAAAAGAUUUGAAUAGCCCUGAAAUUGAUAUAUUGAAUGAAGAGUUCUCACAGCUGAUCAUUGAAGAAGCAAAAGAAGAUGAGAAAGAAUCAAAAGUUCCUGAAAUAAUAAAUUCAAAGAAAAUCAAAGAAAUAGAUAUGAUUGAAUUAGAAGCAUACAUUGGGGUGAUAUUGCGAUGGGAAUUGAUAGGAAACCAAAUUAUCACAUGCAUUGGAAUACUCAUGGAUUAUGAAAGAGUAGUCUUAUAUCAAAGGCCUUAG